GUCAUAUAUAUAUAUAUAUAUAUAUAUAUAUACACAGCUAGCUAGGGGAACUCCUAUAGAAACUAAGACUAUCUCAUCAAGAAAUAAAGAUCUAGCUGGAGAGAGAGGGAGAGAGAAAGUUAUAGCCAUGGCCGGUUUACAGAGAUCUGCAGUAUCAUUUAGAAGGCAGGGAUCAUCAGGGCUUGUUUGGGAUGAUAAGGCUUUGUCGGGGGAGUUAAACCAAGUAGCUAACAGCAACAGCAAUCAAAAGCAAGAACACGAUCAUCAUCAGCAAGAACAUCAAGAAAUUCAAGAAAAGCUAGAUAUUAAGCAAGAAAGAGACGUCAAGCCAUCGAGAUCAAUCAGCACCAUUGAAAGAAGCCGAUCCAAUGGUGGACAGCGAGGUUACCGUACCGGUAAGGUCUCUCCGGCUUUUGAACCUCCUUCUCCGAGAGUUUCUGCUUGUGGGUUCUGUGGUGCUUUCGGAAAACCACCCAAGAAUCAUCGGAAAAAGGCUGGUAAGACUAGAUCGAGAUAGCUUUAUUCUUUUUCCUCUUUCGUUUCCCGGUGAUCGGAGAUGGAAUAUUCCGGUGGAUUUAGUAGUGGUACUGCAUCUAAAAAUAGAUAUAUUAUAUACAUAUGUUGUUAGUUUUCUUUAGGGAAUUAAAGUUUUUAAGUUCGUUUCAUCUCAUGAGCAAUAAACUGAGGUGCAUGAGCUUUUCUUUUUCUUAAAACCAAAAACAAUUAAGUUAUAGCUAGUUUUUCAUGUUUUGUUAAUUUUAGUUUUAUGGGUAUGGUUUUUGUUUUUCAAUGUUAGGUUUUAGAGAUGGUUCUGAUGUUUUGGGUGGAUCCAAUUAUGUGUAUAUGGUUUUGUUCAUGAAGAUUUCUUUUAUUUUCUUUUUUGUAUAAAAAGCAAAUCUUGAUUC